AAUCGCUGUAAAGUACACUCUUAUGAUGGAUGAGCCGCACUGUGUAUACGUCAACUUAAACAAGAACUACGUGAAGGAGCACAAGCUUUCGGUAAUAUGUGGAAUGAAGGACUGUGAGGACUGCAUAGAAGCACAUAAACUGCUGAAAGAGAAAAGUAUUGAUGUAAAAUGUGCAUGCAUGCAGAUGAAUCCUGUUCUUGUUGAUGAGACGGAGAAAGAAUACGGUCACAGAACAUUUCCUAUCAUAUUUGUGAAUGGCGAGUUUGUUGGCGGAUAUGCCGACUUGAGAAAGAAAUUUGGUUGUAAAUAACUAAAAGUGUUGUUGAUGUAUGAGGAGAUAAAUAAACGUAUUUUUAGUAGAAAA